AUGGCUGUCGGAGGGCGUGUUACGGGCCGUCUUGGUUACGGCAAUGGAUACUCUGACGGGCGAUCCUAUGCAGGAAUCAACGAAGAAAUCAUGUACGUUAGUAUAGGAAUGGGAAUUAUUAUUGCCAUCCUAAUCUGCAUUGCACUUUGUUACAUUGCACGGGAGAACUGUAAAAACAAACGCGAAUAUUAUAUUACUGCCUAAGUAUGUGAGCUCUACGGCACUCACUAGUGCCGAAUUGAUGUGUUGUUUAGAGUUAACUUGCUAUUUUGUAUACUUUGCUGUUGAUACCUGAAGUAAGGUAAUCCAAGGAUUAUUCGUUAGAGUGGUGCUCGAUACAAUAUAAGUAAGAAUGGUUCUUGGGCAAAGUAAUAACAGUCCAUGGGUCCUAUCCGAAGUGUAAACGCGUGUUAACGAAAAAGUCUGUUUAUUCCAAAACAAUAAGAACAUAAUAUGUAUCAGUUCCUUUUAUACAUUAUACAUACUGUUCAUGACAAAUAAUGGUCUAUUUUGAAUAUUAUAGUUAUAUUAAUGUAUACAACAGGGAACGAAAAAUGAUAUAUACAUCCUAAUGGGGUAGGCACUGGAAAGCAAGCAACGGUUCGCUUUUGGAGUUUUGAAGCAAAUCACUCCGGUAAUCGUCAAAAGCCAUUAACAGCAAAAUACAUUAGU